AAAUUUGUCUGGAAACUGAACUUUCAUCUUGAUAUCGAAAAGAAAAAGUAAUUGAAAGAAACUCAAGCCUAGCGAAACCAAGGUAGGAGAUGCAGGGGAUCGAGUUUGUAUUUUAUGGUGGAAAGUUAAGUGUUAUUGAAAUUGAUUCCUCGACCGUCUCCUAAAACUGGUGCAGUCUCUGAAAUUUCUUUUAUCCAAAAAUUUGGAAGAGGUAAAUCCACGAAGAUGUCAUAUAUUUAAAUAUUACUGAACCAUGAGUACAGAGAGGUGACGUUUCGCCGCACAAAUAUUAAAAAUUCGUCAGUGGAUUACACAAAGGUCUUUCACGAGCUUGAGCAGCAACGUUUUUGAGCGACGCACGUCAACCGGAAGUGAGCCUUUUUCUCUUUAAAUUUGCUUUAGCACUACCAAAUUUUUAAGUGUCUUUACUCUUAUAGAGACGAUUUGCCCAAAAGUUUGUUCAAAAUAACAGCUCAAGUGUGCAAAGAAAAUCCACUUCCGGUUGACGCGCGUCGCUCAAAAACGUCGCUACUUAAACUGCGUUGUAUAUCAAAUGAAUUGUGGUUCGAUUUCAUCCUUGGUUUUAAUUUCCUUUCGGGUUUAGAUAUGGUAUUUUCUGAAAAUGGGUUUGAAAAAUAUUAGAAAAAAUUCAAUCAACAUUGAAAGCGUAACAACAAGAUAUAUAUUGGUGUACAUCAGAAUGUUAUGAUUUUUUCAUUCAGGCAGUCCGGUCCUUUCACUGCGUUAUGUGUAAAUAUUAAGAUGGGCUUUCGCUCAUGGCACAUAGCUGUGGUCACACUACAGAUUGCUAUUUGGUAGUGCAACAUGUGAAAAGCGGAGUCAUUUGUGUCUUUCGGAUUCUUUUCAAAAAAAUAGGCUAGCAUUUAUUCGGGAGCCUGUUGUUUUUAAUAAAACAAUUAUUCCAGUCGCGCGACGCGCUUUAGUUGGUUCGGCGCUUCCUCAACGAGCACUACAGGCAAUAUUGCGCAAUAACUUGGUAUAAUGACACGACUAUAAAACAUCUGAUAGGGUAUUCUUUAUGCAGGAAGGGGUUUUGACUAAAGAUCGAGAAGACAAAUAAUAAAUAAAAAGAUCUAGGGAGAAACCACAACUGAACAUCACAAAACACAAAUUAAACAAACAACAGCAGCUUUGAUUCUAGUCCAACCUGUGUGAGUAAUUACUCUAAAAGUGGUCAGUUACUGAGUCUGCAUAAAAUCGGUCCUAAUGGAUUGAUUUUAUCAUGGUUGAUAGCCAUUCCGCAAGGGUAACUGCUUUUAAAAUGAAUGUCUGAAUGACGAAAAAAUGAAACAUAGCCGUUAUAGUCAGUAUAAAAGUAAUAAAACUAACCUUGAUUGACAGCUGCUGAAACUGAAGCUGAGCUAGCUGGUCUUUUUCUUAGUAAACCAUCGCGGCGAUGGAGCCGUAUUUUGUGCCAGAUGAAUUCUUACACCCUCCUCCACCAGGCCACUUAGAGAAAGCCCUGUACUUAAAACAUAUUGUUAUUUGUGGACGACUUGUGCAGCCACCAAUCAGAUAUGACAGAGUAGAGGGUGGAUGCCUCUUUCUGGAGUACCUGAUAUCUACAGCGGGACAACAGGUAAGGAAACACCGUACACAACUCAUAUGCGAUGGAGACAAAGGAGCAACAAUUUAGGCACACCAUCACAGCUUGUCAAUUUGCGACAUUUAGGACUUCAUGAACAGUCAAAAGUAAAAUAGCAUAAAACAAUCUUUACUUCUUCCUUUCUUUUUCUGUCUAUUCAGGGAAUCAAUCAUUUAAUUAAUACGCCAUAAAGUUAGUACAACAAAUAACUGAUAAGCAGUUAAUUCAUACACCACGAAACUUAUUUUUAUUUCGAUUGCUGUUGGUUAGGAAGUAAUUUUGGAUCCUAUCCGAUGUCUGGAAAUAUUUCCCCUUUCUCCCUUACCCUCUGGCAGCCUGGCCCCAGCUGUUCAAGAGGUGGACAGCGCUAAAGGUCUAAGCAGUGGAUAGCACCUUUCUAUUUGUUUUUUGUGGCAGUUAUCGGCUGAAUAGUGAUUUGUCCAUCGGAAAAAAGAAAAAGUAAACGUUUAACCGUGAAGGUUUGAACAACUGUGUCCUUAUUGAGGGAAGGCAAGGGAUUGACCAUGGUCAAUUUUAAAAGACUCUGUGCGGACUCUCUUUAGGUGGUCGACAGACUCAUGACAGUGGCUUUUAAGCAGGGAAGACGAGCGGACUCGGAGGAUGCUUCUCAAGAAAUCUUGAAGCGCGGGAUCGUCUUCAGCGGAGAGAUAUACCGAUUUCUAGGUCAUUCUAACUCACAGCUCAAAGAGAAAACCUGCUUUUUGAUGAAUGCAUCCGACGAAGACAUCUACGAUCUACUCGCAAAGUUUGGAAAUUUUUCCAAGAUCAAGACGGCAGCUAAGCGUGCAAAGAGGUAAACUGCUGGAUUGAUACGUUUAUAAUAGGGUGUGAAUGGGGUUAACCGACUAGCGACAAAGGGCGAAAAAUAUUACUGACUACCGACAAAAUGAGUAAAAAAUUACCGACUACCGACAUGGGCUGAUAUUAUCAAUAUUUGUUUCCAGAAAAAAGAGCAUUUUGUAUUUAAUCUAACCGUUAGCUCGAGGAAGUAAGUAACCUCUUUAAAGUUAUGACUCAUCAGAUGGCCUAAGGGAAAGAAUUUCUUUUUUUGUUGUUGAUACAGGUACAUUGCUACAGCCAAUAUGAAAAUCACAAAGUCACACCUUAAAGAUUUUAUUGAAAAGUCAAAGGUGAAAAAAACCGAACGUUUUUUGCUUAGAUUAAUCCUCAAAGAAAAUUCUGUCCCGUUUAAUGUAAAGAACUAUCAGUACAAACCCACGUUACCGCGAUGAGCACAAAGACAGCAGUUUCCUUUCCAACAUUUUCAUGGCACAUAUUGAAACACAAAGUUUAAGCAAAACCGUCUUUAAACCAACUGUUUGAAAACGCUACAUAAAUGACAUUUUUUCCCUAUGGGACAUAAGUAAACCAGACAUCGUAGCUUUCUUCGCAGAACAAGUAAACUUACAUGCCCUCCUAUGAAAUUCACGGCCGAAAGAUCUGAAAAUGAGACAUUCUUUUUAGAAACGGUUGUAUACCAAGGUACAACAUUCAGCGAAAAAAUGAGAAAAAGCUAUCCUUGACGUAAAGACGCAUUUGAAACGGAAAUCUUACAGUAUAUACAUUUUCACCUCUUAUCACCCACCAAUUGUCAAAGCGCCUGUUUGACAAACGAGAAGCCUUGAGAAUCCUACGAACAAACUCCUCUGAGGAAGUAUUUCAGAUUUCAAAAGCGCUUGAUGGACAGAGGCUAGCCACACAAUUUUCAAAGAAAAAUUGCUAUUUAGAAGUAAAACUCAAAGAAAGGAAGGCAGCGCUCCUGAAAAAAAAACAACCAGGAAGAAAAACACUAAAAAUUGCCUUUCGUGACACAAUACCAGCCCUUAGUGUCUAUAAAAAAGAAGCUUUAAUGAAAAAGUGGAAUCUCAUACAAAACUUAACCAACCACUACCUUGCCAAAAUUUUAAAGAACCACCUAAAGUGCUAUUUCUUUGAGAAAGGAAAAUUAUGGCAAAGGACAUGCUUUUUAGAACCAAAACAUGAGAGGGAUAGAUGUGCAGCCUGUCAUCCCUUGCAGUUUUUCAAUAAAAAUAAUUUAAGUAUCCAAAAGGCUAGUAAGUAAUUAAUAAAUUACUUUUUACUGUGCCCUGUAGUCGACAGGGAAACCAAGUUCGCAUUUACAAUAAAAGCUUGGGUGAUUUUAUCAGUACUAAUUACUCAUUUAAUGGCAAACAAUGAUGAAAUAAACGUUCAUGUUGCAUAAAAAACAAGAGUUAAUGAACUGUUUAGGCGCAAUCAAAUCAGAUGCAUUCUUGCAAGUUUUACUCUUUCCUUGGGGAUCAAAGUCUUGAAAAGUGGGUGAAAUACAUAAAAAUAUUAAUAAUUAACAAUCGUUUUUACUUAUUAACUGAGAUUUUCCGACAACCGGCGAAAAUCAAAAAGUUUAACCGACUACCGACAAAGAUCGAAAAUUUUAACCGACUACCGACAAAAUUACUGAAUUUUAACCAACAACCGACAAGUGGACCCCCCCAUUCAGACCCUCUUAUAAACUAGCAGUGAGAGAUGUUUGUGAGAUUGUAACAAAUGAUGUGUAUACGACAUCCUUCUCCACCCACUGUACACAAUUGUAAAUAUCAAUUUAUCUGCGAUGUAUACAAAAACGGGUUUUGCCUGUUGUAAAUGAAUGUUACAGUAGAUGUUAUAUAGUUGCAUGAUAUGUGUAAGUUAUAGACCAAAAUUUAAAAACAAAAAUUUUGAGUGCCGGUUGUUCAUCUUUCAGUAUUAACCUGUAUCGUUGAAUAUCGCAGACUAUUGUCUACAUUAUGCAAGUACUCGGCCUAACAUUGAUUUUCUGUCAUGUGCUCAUGUUAUCACGAGCGGGAUAAAGAAUCUUUAAUAUGAUAAGGGUUUAGUCUCUUUAUUAAUGAAAACUGAUGACAAGUUAGCAAACGGUUUUCGAAAUUUGUUCUUCAGAUUUAAAGGGACGUUGUAUUGCUCCAUUAACACGCCUGUAGGGCAAUGUAAUACCUGUUUUGACACAGGCUAAUUCUUUUUGUCAUUUUCUGAUCAUUUGAUAAACAAGCCAUACAUUUUAAUGCGACACUGUUGCACUCCAUCAUAGCAACAUGUGUGUGAUCGUCAAGUCUGAAUUGCUUUUAAUGUCGUUUUUACUCCGUUUAUAGGAUUGGACUUUUGUUUUCCACGUUUGAUCAGAGUAUCAGUUUGGCAGAGCAUGAAUAUGAAGUAAUAGAAGACGUGAAACGAAAUGGUUACAUCUUUACAGAUGGAUGUGGUCUUAUGUCUGAUGAGUUUGCGCAAAGGAUUCAGGAUGUACGAGGUCUAGAAGCUAAACCCUGUGUGGUGCAAGUUCGGUAUCAGGGAUUUAAGGGCGUUCUUCUUCUCAGUCGACAAUUAGGAGAUGGCCAGGUCAAGGUUCAGUUCCGAAAAUCAAUGAAAAAGUUUACUAUCCCGGAUGAACGCAUGCGCCAAACGUGUAGCACGUUCGGUGUCGUGAAAUGUUCACGUCCGUACACCGUGGGUUAUUUGAACAAGCAAAUCAUUAUGCUCCUUGCUGACAGUGGGGUUGAACAUACCUGCCUUACCAUGCUGCAGCGCAAUUUUCACUCUAUGUUAAGGGAACUCGGUAUCCAUGCAGAGAGCACCGAGAAUUAUCUCCGAAUCAAAGGCGAGCAGAAAUUGAUAGAACGGCUUCAUAAUUAUGGCUUGGAGAGCCACCGCCUACAAAAAGACCUGAAAAGUCUUCGUGCAAAAGAGAUAAAAAAGAUGCAGAAAGAAAAUAUCACUAAUGAAAGCAGUGGUGUUGAUGACGACGAAAGUGCCAGUCCCUCGCAGUCUUCAAAAUGCAAACUGAGGGUCCUGGUACCCAGGUAGGUGCUGGUACCCAUACCUCCCCUUCCCUGCAACUCCAUUUAAGUGCCACUGUUAGUCGUUAUUUUGUCGAAUUCCUCCGGCCGGUGCUUAAUGGCGUUCCACUGACAUGUAAAAUUGCCUAUCGCCUUCCAGCACUCCUCUAUAUAUACAUGAUCGAACAUAUACUGAAACUGACCCCCGUCGUCUCAUUAUAGAUUCAAAAUGCCUGAUGCUAGUUUGGUGCGCCCACUUGGGCUUACUGUGUACUUUGUUUUCAAUAACUGUGGUUAAUACUUUGCACGAUAAGUUUAUAUAUGGCCCUUCAGUUUGGACUGUGAGCAUAGACUGAGCAGUACGAGCACGACUGCUCAAAUCUUUGCGGGCUUUGUAGAUGAUCGCUUGUUAAAGAAUUCUUUUCACUGUGACGGGACAGAUAUGGCGAUGACUUAACCUUCGAUCGACCACUCAGCUAUCUCGAAGAUUAUAAGAUUUUCAAAACAUGAUUGGAUUGACUUAUUUUUUUUACAGAUCAAGACUGGUGUUUGGCGUUUGUGAUCCCCUGAACCAGCUUCAGUAUGGCGAGUGUGUUUUCCAGCCAACUUUAUUUGAUGAAGUGCAGUAUUCAGAAUUCCAAGUAGCGCAAGAGGUGAUGGUUGUUCGUAAUCCGUGUUACCACCCCGGUGACAUCCGUGUCUUGAGACUCGUUAAGGACAGCCCACAAUACGCACAUCUAAGCGACUGUAUUGUGUUUCCAACGAGAGGACCCCGCCCGCACGCUGACGAAUCUUCGGGAGGGGACCUUGAUGGCGACGAGUUUUUCGUCAGUUGGGACCCGGAUCUGAUUCCCAGCUGGCGUCCUAAUCCGUUUGACUACUCGUCUAACAGCCCACUAAACGUCAUUCCAGACACAAUAAAGAAGGUACCGAGACAGCUAAAGGCUUCUACAGUCCAUGAUUAGUUUUAGUCUCGCAUCCUCCAUGAAAAUUGGAGCCUACUUAGUCUAAGUGUAGAGCCCAUCCGCCCUCCCCCCCCCUCCCCCCAUUCUGCCCUACCUCGAGCUCGCAGGCUAUGUAAGUUUAAAGGGAGCUUACUCUGAUUAGUUAAAAGCAUAUGAAAACCAAAGUAACAGAAAACUCAGACCUUCAAUUAACUACGGUUAUUUCUUGGACAACCAUUGUUAGCUAUACCAUGUAUCUCGAUUACAUUAAUUUCAUCUUGCAAAAUCCAAGUUAAUUAUCCGGGAAGUAGUGAAAUUUGAUGAUACCUGGAAGGCUCUGGGGGCCCUAUCGCGAUGGGACAAACUUACUUUUGUCUUAUUGAAUUACUGACACACAGAUCAGGGUAACUGUCCUUAUCCAAAUUCCCCGGCCGCGCAUGCCGUGGGAGAACUGCCGUGCGGUUCCCAGGCAGUAAAGAGUCUUUGAAACACAGGUUCGCCUGUUUAUAAACCUGAUGGGAUGGGCGAAACAGCUGUCCAUGGCUUCCAUUGGCCGGAUGAUAUGGCUGUAUGCAUGCGUGAGGUACUGGCCAGGCCGUGGGUUGGUGUAGGUGUGCCCCUUACAUUUGUCUUGUCUUGACUUGCCUCAGUUUGUCUUAACUAUCACGGUGACUAUUAUUAUUGUAUGCCUUCUUUCAGUACCUGGAACAUGUUGCCAGCUCAGUAGAACAGGGCGUGUCUGCCUGGAGUCAUAGAUUACUGCCAUCACUGUUUGGAACACCGCAGCAAGCAGAGAAGGAAAGAAAUAAGAGGGAGCGACUGCACAUGCUCGAGUAUUUCACUAACUUCAACAACGAUCUGGUUGGAAGAGUGGAUGCCAUAUUCAUGAAGUACGCAGCAUUGUAUGGGCCUUCUUGUCGUGAGUGUGUUUAUUUAAAUAGGUAAGCAAGCCACGUAUACUUUUCUCCCCUCUGUAAAAUAGAACAAUCAAAUUCUCAUGGGCUUUCAGUCAUAAGCGAAGAACAAACGCUUUGGAAAGGAAAAGCUAGAAGGCAUAUGAGUGUUGGUAUUCUGCUAUAGUUCACUUGCAUUCCUGCCAGGAUAAUAGCUACUGGCAGUUAAUAGUGCCAUAUGAAUAAGGCCGCUUCGUGAUGGUCCCUUUUUCUCAGUCGAUUUAGGUCACUGGAACAAAAAUGCCAUUUACGAAUUGCCCAAACUCUGUUUCAAAGCGACGCUAAGUGCAACUGAAGCCAUUGAUAUGAAAAUAAUUUUUAAUUCUCAUGCAAAUAAAACUCAUUUUCACAACAAAGGUUUUGUAAUUAGCCUCGUUUUUGUACUGAAACUCGUAAAUGGCCCAUUAGAUUAAGGGUCGAAUAUAAUUACCCUUGGGUGUUGGGUUAUACACUUGAAAAAAUUAAAUGAGGCCUUCAAAACAUCACCAUAGACACUCAGUAUCACAGUCAAAAUAUUCUACUAAGCCUUUUCCCUUUGUUUGAUCAACCCUUAAGGUAGUCUUUUCCACAUCUUUAUUUAUUCAUAUUUCUACGAACUUGACGGAUCGCGACCUUGUAAUCCGAAGUUGAGGUAAGGUUGUUCUUACACGUUGUUAGCAUUGCUUUAAAAACCUUUGCAUCAGUGCCGCAAACAACCGUCUUUUUCUGUAACAGGUUCUUUUCUGACGCCGUGGAUAUGCUAGCGGAGAAACAAAGUGUCAUUGCCAAGCUUCGCGAGUUAGAGCGUGAGUACAGAAGAAUAGAACCCAAUCCACCAGACCGCAGCCCAGACGCUCUCGAGCAGCUUCUUGGGUUGAUCGUUAAACAGAAGCCGCCAUUCCGACGAGGUGAUGACGUGUGGACACGCAUGGAGGAAACGACACGAUUAUUUGUGGAGGAAAUGACAGGAAGAUCCUAACUGAUCCACUGGAAACAGUUUUAAGGGACAGUACAAUCGACUACUAUCAAUUUGUAAGUUAAGCCGAAAGCUGGCCAGAAGAUUACCCGACGACUACUAGUCUUGAAUUGGAUACAGACU